CUGAUUUCCAUUCCCAAAGAAUCUCUGCGCACCGUCGACUAGCAAUCAUCACAACAGCUACUACCAUAGCAACGAGAACCUCACGAUGUCCCCCAAAUACACCCUCCCACCUCUCCCCUACGCCUACGAUGCCCUCGAGCCCGUCAUCUCCCAACAAAUCAUGCAGCUCCACCACCAAAAACACCACCAAACCUACAUCACCAACCUGAACGCCGCCCUCGACGCCCAGACCACCGCCCUUGCCACCAACGACAUCCCCGCCCUGCUCAGCAUCCAGCAGAAACUCACCUUCAACGGUGGCGGCCACAUCAACCACUCGCUCUUCUGGCGCAACCUGGCCCCCCACGGCUCCCCGGCCACGGACAUCGCCCGCUCAGCCCCGACCCUCCAGCGCGCCCUUGAGCAGCAGUGGGGGUCGGUGGAGCAGUUCACCGCCGCCUUCGGGGCGGUCCUGCUUGGGCUGCAGGGGAGCGGAUGGGGGUGGUUGGUGAGCGUGGGUGGGCCCGGUGGGAAGCUGGAGAUCGUGAGCACCAAGGACCAGGAUCCGGUGGUUGGAGGGAAGGUGCCGAUUCUGGGUGUGGACAUGUGGGAGCAUGCUUAUUAUCUCCAGUAUCUGAACAACAAGGCGGGGUAUGUGGAGCAGAUUUGGAAGGUGAUUAAUUGGGUGGAGGCGGAGGAGAGGUACACUAACGGGGUGGAUGGAGCUGCUUUGUUGAAGUUGUAA